GCACUAUUGAUAUGUGCAACAAAGCUAAAGUUGCUUGGUCUACGGUUUGCUUACCUAAAGCGGAGGGAGGUUUGGGUUUGAGGCGUUGCAUAGACUGGAACAGAGUCCUUAAUUUGCGUCUCAUUUGGCUGCUGUUUUCUUCGAGCGGCUCACUCUGGGUGGCUUGGCAUAAGCAUCAUAACCAUAACGACGUCUCUAAUUUCUGGAUGCAGAGUGAAAGCAACUCACAGUCUUGGACUUGGAGAAGUUUACUAAGGUUGCGUCCUCUAGCAGGAAAGUUUCUAAGGUGUACCCUGGCUGCUCCAAGAUCAGAAAGGGCAUUGGCGCUCCAUAUUUUUCUAUCGACAAUCGCUCUCCCUUUAGACCCACUUAAAUGUGACUCUUACCACUGGUACGUUAAAGACCAGAAUUGCCAUGGUUUCUCCGCGGCUAAGACUUGGGAAAUAGUAAGACCAAGAGAAGCUGAGAAGUCUUGGUCCGCCUCAGUGUGGUUCAAAGGAGCUACGCCUAGAAACGCCUUCACAAUGUGGAUAGCCACUCUUGAUCGGCUGCCAGUUAGAUCGAGAUUGGUCGCCUGGGGUUUGCAGGUUUCGCCAGUGUGUGUUUUGUGUUCCUCCCAGCCCGAAUCAAGAGAUCACCUCAUGUUGUCUUGCCACUUUAGCUCCACUAUAUGGCGAGAAGUCAUGGCAAGGAUAGACCCAUCUCAGCCAGACUUCAGCUCUUGGACUGGCCUCCUCACGUGGACUUGUGGAAACAGCAACAACUCGCCAUCAAUGCUUCGCAAGUUAGUGACCCAAGCGGUGGUGAACGGUAUUUGGAAGCAGAGAAAUAAUCUCUUACAUAAUUCUGUCUCGGUUACUCCUCUCUGUAUUUUCAGAGACUUAGACAGGCACAUCAUCAACACGAUCAAUGCAAGAAGGAGUCGUCGUGAUUUUGAGAAUCUCAUGAGCCAUUGGCUCCGAUAA